GGCGGCGCUGUUCCCCGCGCAGUCCUCGGAGCGGGGUCCGGGCUGUGCGAGGUCGGGUGACGGCGCUGCGACCCCGGCCGGUGUCCGACCCCGGGUCGCCUCCCAGGCCGCCCCCCGGGCCCCGCGUCCCCUCCCCCGCCGGCGGGGCCCGGACUAAAGAUGGUGCAGAAGAGAACAGCCGAACUUCAGAGCUUCCACCGUUCGUUCAAGGGGCAGAAUCCUUUUGAGCUGGCCUUCUCCUUGGACCCUGCCCAGCACGGGGACGCUGACUUCAGCCCACAGUGUGAGGUCCGACCUGACAUGCCCUCCAGCCAGCCCAUCGACAUCCCGGAUGCCAAGAAGAGAGGCCGGAAAAAGAAGCGCUGCCGGGGUGCUGACAGCUUCUCGGGCAGGUUCGAAGAUGUCUACCAGCUGCAGGAGGAUGUGCUGGGCGAAGGGGCCCAUGCCCGUGUGCAGACCUGUGUCAAUCUGAUCACCAACCAGGAGUAUGCUGUCAAGAUCAUCGAGAAGCAGCUGGGCCACAUCCGCAGCAGGGUGUUCCGGGAGGUGGAAAUGCUGUACCAGUGCCAGGGACAUAGGAAUGUCCUAGAGCUGAUCGAGUUCUUUGAGGAAGAGGACCGCUUCUACCUGGUGUUUGAGAAGAUGCGUGGAGGGUCCAUCCUGAGCCACAUCCACAGAAGGCGCCACUUUAACGAGCUGGAGGCCAGCGUGGUGGUGCAGGACGUGGCCAGUGCCCUGGACUUCCUGCAUAACAAAGGCAUCGCCCACAGGGACCUAAAGCCAGAGAACAUUCUGUGUGAGCACCCCAACCAGGUCUCGCCGGUGAAGAUCUGUGACUUUGACUUGGGCAGCGGCAUCAAACUCAACGGCGACUGCUCUCCCAUCUCCACACCUGAGCUGCUCACCCCGUGUGGGUCAGCUGAGUACAUGGCCCCAGAGGUGGUGGAGGCCUUCAGUGAGGAGGCCAGCAUCUAUGACAAGCGCUGUGACCUGUGGAGCCUGGGCGUCAUCCUCUACAUCCUGCUCAGCGGCUACCCGCCCUUCGUGGGCCACUGUGGCAGUGACUGUGGCUGGGAUCGAGGAGAGGCCUGCCCAGCCUGCCAGAACAUGCUGUUUGAGAGCAUCCAGGAGGGGAAGUAUGAGUUCCCCGACAAGGACUGGGCCCAUAUCUCCUUCGCCGCCAAAGACCUCAUCUCCAAGCUGCUGGUCCGAGACGCCAAGCAGAGGCUGAGUGCUGCCCAAGUCCUGCAGCACCCGUGGGUGCAGGGGUGUGCUCCAGAGAACACCCUACCAACACCCUUGGUUCUGCAGAGGAACAGCUGUGCCAAAGACCUCACGUCCUUCGCGGCUGAGGCCAUUGCCAUGAACCGGCAGCUGGCCCAGUGUGAGGAGGAUGCUGGGCAGGACCAGCCUGUGGUCAUCCGAGCUACCUCACGCUGCCUGCAGCUGUCCCCACCUUCCCAGUCCAAGCUGGCCCAGCGGCGCCAGAGGGCAAGCCUGUCCGGCACCCCCGUGGUCCUUGUGGGGGACCGUGCGUGACCCCCACCAGCCCCUUGUACAUAUGCCCCUGCCCUGCAGGGCCUGAAGGCUAGGGACCCAGGUGCCCCGCCCCGUGCCCUCCCGGCACCAGCUCACCUGGGUCCUGUGGGGUGUGGGGUUGGUUCUGUUGGGAGGUGUUCGCUUUUUCUC